AUGACUCAACUGGAUCGAACACAUCAGUUCACUCAUUCAAACACUCAGAGACGUGCCUCGGUGGUUUCUGGUUCUGUUGGUAAAUUGGGGUUAUUUAUACCCUCGGAUUUUAUCACUUCUCCACCAGCCUCGCCCAUUGAAGAAGCAAUAACCGGAGAUGAAAUUGAAGCAGACGAAACUCAACCAUUAUUAGCUGUCACCAGUAACACUACUUUGAACAUCAGAAGAGGCCUGAUGGUUGCCCGUGAACUAUUAGAGCAAGAACGUGAUUUGUUGAAGGAGAACCAUAUUACCUAUCUCGGCGGUGAUGAACAGAUUAUGGAUGCCUUUGAAGACGCCAUUGCCAACAAGAAACUCGACCACACUACUGCAGCAAUAGAAUUGAAAUCUUUAAUCAAAUCUUCAGUUCCAUUGGUUAUGACGUUUUUAUUGCAAAAUUCCCUUUCUACCGUAUCGGUAUUUAUGGUUGGCCAUUUAGGUGCCACUGAGUUGGCUGCUGUUUCCAUGGGUGCCAUGACGGCCAACAUCACAGGUUAUGCUACUAUUCAGGGUAUAGCAACUGCAUUAGACACCCUUUGUCCUCAAGCAUUUGGAGCCAAGAAAUAUACCUUGGUCGGAACCUAUCUCCAGAAAUGUACUUCAUUGGAGUUUGUUAUUAUGUUACCAAUAUUGUUCAUAUGGGUAUUUUAUGGGUACGAUUUGAUCACCAUGAUCCUUCCUGAUAAAGAAACUGCCAAGUUAUCGGCGGUUUAUCUACAAUAUGUUGCAUUUGGUAUGCCAGCUUACAUUUUGUUUGAAUGUGGGAAACGUUUCUUACAGGCACAAGGAAUUUACCAUAUUUCAACUUACGUUUUGUUAAUAGCUGCUCCUUCUAAUUUGAUUAUGAACUAUUUGUUAGUGAAGCAUAUUGGUUACUUAGGAGCACCCAUUGCUGUUGCUAUCAACUAUUGGCUCAUGAUCAGUUUAUUAGUGUUAUUUAUUGUUUUCUUCAUUAAGCCCGAGGAUACCCCAUCUGGAUUACACCCAUUAAAAUGUUGGGGUGGAUUAGACUUUAAGGAAUCAUUUAGAGGUUGGGGAAGAUUAGCCCAACUUGCCAUCCCUGGUCUUAUCAUGUUGGAAGCAGAAUUCUUGGCAUUCGAAAUCAUGACAUUGAUGGCAUCUUAUUUAGGUACGAUUGCCCUUGCUGCACAAUCUAUCGGUACCACCAUGGCCUGUGUCACCUAUCAAGUUCCAUUUGCCGUUGGUAUUGCCUCAUCAACGAGGAUUGCCAAUUAUCUUGGUGCUGGAUUAGGUGCUGCUGCCAGAACUACUACUAAAGUUUCUCUCACCUUUGGGUUAUUGAUUGCAUUCUUGAACUUUUUGUUUUUGUUUUGUUUCAGAAGAGAAAUCGCCAUUACAUUCACUAAAGAUGAAGAAGUCAUCAGUACAAUUUCCCUGGUUAUGUGGAUUAUUGCUAUUAUGCAAAUUGCCGAUGCCAUGAAUGCCAAUUCAGCUGGGUGUUUGAGAGGUCAAGGACAAACCAAGAUUGGAGGAAUCGUCAACUUAUUUUCAUAUUAUGUUGUUGGAUUACCACUCUCGCUUUACUUGUCAUUCUACUCUCCUUGGAAGGGAUCAUUACACGGUCUUUGGAUUGGUAGUUGUGUCGCAUUGACUAUAAUUGGUUCCGUUCAAAGUUAUUUUGCCCUCGCUGCUGAUCCUGAAAAGCUUUGUGAAGACGCCAGAAAGAGAACUCAUUCUGAACCUUCUGGCCAUGUGUAA